AGAAGGAAGAGAGAGAAAGAGGGGUGAGCCGCGCAGUUUCAACUCACACAACUCGUACCAUUUUUAACCAACGAAAUCCAGAUCUUCCUCUUUCUUCUUCCUUCUCCGAUUCUUCUUCUACUUCACCCUUCAGAUUUUCUCCAGAGAGAACCAAAAUUUUCCCUCUCACUUUCUCGAGAAAAUUCCUCACCACAGUCUCCCUAUACCUCUGCUCCCAAAUUUAUAUAUAUUCCGUUUCAUCGUCGUCAUCGUCGGUUUGACAGAUUCUCCUUGUCUUGAUCGAUGUCUCUGGCUCGUCCUCUUCUGAGACUACCGUCUGCGCCUCUGCUUAGGGUUUGCUCUCGAGAGGAAGAUGGUGGUUCUUCUCUCUCUUUCUUUUUUCAUUCCCGAAAAUAAGAAAAGUGAGCUGCUGGAAGGUCGGAAAUCUUUUACGAUUUGACAUCGAUGGAGGUCUGUGGAAAAAAAAUCAGUGAUCAGAGGAGCCGCAUAUUCUCACGAAUGUUUGUAGAGGCUCGAGGAAGACUGCGGAAAACUAAAUCUCAUAUUCGUUAGUAUCGUAAAUCGCGGGCACGUUGCCUCGGAACGUUUUCAUCAAAUGGAAGUUGAUUCUCCUCUUUCUUGCUCUUUGAUCUUUUGAAAAUAUUGGCCAAAGAGUUUCCAAAUCUUGAAUCUGUUCCCUGACGCCCUUGAACCGAUCGCUUCUUGACUUUUGACGAAGUAGGAGGGAUUCGGAAUAGUAAUUUUGCGUGCUGAAUUUUGUUUGCUAUUUCCAUUUAUUCAGCCAGAAAAGGAAUCUGAAUGCUUCAUGCCUACGAAAGACUUCAAUUUCUAUGCUUCAGUUACGCGCAUUCAAAUAAUUGACAUGGCAGCUUCCAUCUAAUGUUUUCUUGUUUGUUCCUGCAACUGUAGGUUGACGUGCCUGUGCGGAUUUUUUCCAUUGGGUUUGGCGUUGUCCUCUGGAAGUUCAAAACCAUUUACCUUUCACACUCAUCAUCUCUCAAUUGAAAUGUUAGGCUUUGAAGGCCCUGGAACUAGUGAUGAAAUUAGAGAGAGUUUUGAAAAUUCUGAAGAUGAGAGACGGCUGUUCAAAAUUGGGAACCUCAAGAAAAAGGCAAUAAAUGCUUCAAAUAAAUUCACUCACUCUCUCAAGAAGAGAGGAAAGAGAAAAAUUGACUACAGGGUUCCUUCAGUAUCCAUAGAGGAUGUACGAGAUGCGAAAGAGGAAAGUGCUGUCCUUGAAUUGCGUCAAAAACUUCGUGAGAGGAAUUUGCUACCUUUUAGGCUUGAUGAUUAUCAUACUUUACUGAGAUUUUUGAAAGCUAGAGAAUUUAACUUGGAAAAGACAAUCCGAAUGUGGGAAGAAAUGCUUAAUUGGAGAAAGGAAUAUGGAACUGAUACUAUUCUAGAGGACUUCGAAUUUGAAGAGCUUGAAGAGGUAUUGCAGUAUUAUCCUCAGGGAUAUCAUGGAGUUGAUAAAGAAGGCAGGCCAGUUUACAUAGAGAGGCUUGGAAAAGCCCAUCCAAGUAGGCUCAUGAAUAUCACCACAAUAGAUAGAUACUUAAAGUACCAUGUGCAAGAAUUUGAAAGGGCACUGCAUGAAAAGUUUCCUGCCUGUACAAUUGCGUCUAAGAGGCGAAUCUGUUCAACAACGACAAUAUUGGAUGUGCAGGGCUUGGGCAUGAAAAAUUUCUCCCGCACUGCUGCAAAUCUCUUAGCUGCCAUGACAAAGAUAGACAAUAGUUAUUAUCCUGAGACAUUGCAUCGAAUGUAUAUCGUCAAUGCUGGUUCUGGUUUUAAAAAGAUGCUCUGGCCUGCUGCUCAAAAAUUUCUUGAUAUGAAAACUGUUGCCAAGAUUCAGGUUCUUGAACCCAAAUCUCUUGGAAAGCUACUUGAAGUCAUUGACUCAGAUCAGUUGCCAGAUUUCUUGGGUGGCUCGUGUACAUGUAGUGUUGAAGGAGGGUGCCUUAGAUCUAAUAAAGGUCCCUGGAAUGAUCCUGAGAUUAUGAAGGUUGUGCAUAAUGCAGGAGCCACUUUUGUUAGGCAAUUCACAAGAGUGCCCAAGAAUGAUGGUAAAUUUCACUCGCGAGCUCAAAUACCUUCACUGAAGGGAAGAAGUAGUGAUACAUCAUUAGCAGACUCAGGAUCAGAUAUCGAUGACCCGUACUCCCCGCUGGAGCGAGCUAGCUCUAUGGUUCCUUGUCUGGCUCCAGUUCACGAAGAACUAAGAGCAGCAGAUCCUAAUGCUUACUACAGUUGUGAUGAUGACUUUCUACCUGCAAGGACAGUAAAUGGAAGUGACCAAAGAGUUAGAGGUUCUCAUGGUCCAUCUCUUGAAAUAAUGGAUAAAGGGAAUUUCUCUAGCAAAGUGACAUCAAACGUAGAAGGAACUAUAACCAAUGAGCAUGGAACUCUCAAGCAAAAACUUGAGAAAAGAAACCUUCCUUCUAUAGGAAGAGUUCUCAUAUCAUUCUGGGUCAGAUUGGCAGCACUUAUUCGUAGUCUACAAUUUCAGUUUUGGAAAAGGCAGAACAAUAAUAUAUAUCCUUCUAACACCGAAGAACACUGUACAAAUAACAACACUGCUGCAAUUCAAGAGGCGAACGAAGAAGAUUGCGUCGGUCCCUGUUUACAGCGUCUCGAGAGGCUAGAAAAAGUCUUUGUAGAGCUGAGCAACAAGCCUGCUAAAAUCCCUUUGGAGAAAGAGCAUUUGCUUACUGAAUCUUUGGACAGGAUCAAGUCAGUUGAAUUUGACCUGGAAAAAACUAAAAGAGCUCUUCACGCUACUGUUGUAAAGCAACUUGAGAUAGGCGAGCUGCUGGAGAAAUUACGGGAGUCCCAAUGUCAACAGAGAAGAUUUUUGUGUUAGAUUGCGAAGAUCAGAGAAAAAUGGCUACAAAAGAGUAGCCUUUGAAAUGAGAAGAAAGACAAGCACGCGGAAUGGACAAAAACCGAUGGACAUUGGCUGGCGGCCAUGGCAGAGAGAGAGAGAGAGGAAUAGGGCAAAGCAAAGAACACAUCGUACAUUUUCCUUCCCUUUUUUGGUUGGACUUGGAUCACCUCUGUCUUCUUCUUCUUUCUUUUUGCUUUUUCAUUUUCUUCAUUAUAUAUAUAUAUAAAUUAAAAAUAUAUAUAUAUAUAUAAUUUUUGAGGGUUUUAUAUAGACAAGGCUGACAAAAUGGUAUACAAAAGGAAAGGCUGGGUAAUGUUUCCUGUAGAGACUACAGGCUUGGAGAGGAGGGGGGUCAAAAGCAGGAGCAGCAGCAGCAGCAGCAGUUUCAAUUCACCUCCAAAUCACAUGCUUCUUCCAACUUCCAAGUAAAUUUCUAAUGUUUUGAUUUCUCUGUGUAUUUCUUAAAUGUAUGGUGAUGUAGUAGUAGUAGUAGAGUUGGAAUAGAAUAGACAGAUACUUCUAAAAUCCAUGAGAUCCCAAUCACUCUCUUGUAUAUCGCUAAUCAAACUGUGCAUUUUUGGGUUCAUUCCUCAUUCUGUUUCAAUUUUAAGAUGAUACUUCCUUUUUUUUUU